UGGUUGCAGAAACAGCAAAAGUCGGCAAUCUUCAACUUCCAAAGUCUUAUCUCAGUUAUCCUUCUUCUCAUUUGCACGUGUGCCUACAUCAGAGCCUUUGCACCGAGAAUAAUCGAUAGAAACAAGGAAGGUCUCCUCGGCGUUUUCUGGAAGUGUGCUCGAAUCGGUGAACGUCUCAGUCCGUGGGUAUCGAUCAGUUGCUUUUGCAUGGCAUUUGUUGUGCUGUUCCUUUAAAAUAAUGGCUAUCCGCAUGACUCCAUCAUCGAAACGAUUCGAUGAAAAAACAAACGAAAUGAGGCGCCGUCCGCCUGUAAAACCAAGCAGUAAUCCUAAUCAUAUUUAUAUCACAAGAAAAACCAACGUCGAAUCACAAUCAAAAUCCACCGAGGAGAUGUUGAAUAACGCAUUCGAUGAAGUUUUCAUCCAUGGAAUGGGAGCAUCUAUCAAUAAAGCUCUAGUUUUUGCGAUGGAAGUUGAGAGAAGAUUCGGUGGAAGUGUCAAGUCUGAUAUUCAAACGUCUACUGUACAAUGUACAGAUGAUAUUGUAUCACUUCUGGACCUUGAUCAAAGCGAGACACGUCAUCGUUCUGUUUCUGCCGUGCAUGUUCAUCUUUAUCGUGUUGCCUCGUAAAUCUUCAUUCCACUGAAUAUAUAUUACACAUAAUUUUGUCAAUGGGUCUUAUUUUUUUGCCUACAUGAAUUAAUUAUUUUU